UUGUCUGGGCUGCUCAAUUUUGUCGAUGGCUUGUGGUCGACGAGUGGGGAGGAAAGGAUCAUCAUCUUCACCACCAACUACAAGGAGCGUCUCGACCCGGCACUCCUGCGGCCUGGCAGGAUGGACAUGCACAUACACAUGGGGUACUGCACCACGGAGGCCUUCCGGAUCCUUGCCAACAACUACCAUUCCGUCGACUACCAUGCCACCUAUCCAGAGAUCGAGGCGCUGAUCCAGGAGGUGACGGUGACGCCUGCAGAGGUCGCCGAGGUUCUGAUGAGGAACGACGACACUGAUGUUGCCCUCCAUGAUCUUGUCAAGCUCCUAGAGUUAAAGAAGAAAGAGGCCACUGAGAUCAAGACUGAAAGUAAGCAGGCGGAGGAGCAGAAAGACGGCACUGAGAAGAUCAAUACUGAAAGUAAGCAGGCGGAAGAGAAGAAAGAUGGCGAUGAGAUCAAGACUGAAAGUGUGCAGGUGGAGGAGAAAAAAGAUGACAACGAGGUGGUGCUGAAGAAUGAGUUGACAGAAAACGGAAGCGGCUAGGAGUGCGGAAACUGAUUGUGACAAGAGACUGAGCAUAGUACUACGUAGAUAGGUCCUACAGGAGAUACAUAUGUUGUGAUCAUUUUGACAACUAACAACAUUGCAUUUUUUGGAUUUGUUCGGCGCACUUGUAUUUAACUUAAACACAGUGCUUCUAAAUAAUUGUGCAAGUGCUGUUACAUACAUGCAAA